CAUGUAUCUCUCGGUAUAACCUCGACGGUAGUAAUGAUACCCGCCGGCACUCGCAUUAGAAUGGUGAUAGCCAAUCUAAUCUAUGAUAUGUGAUAAGGACGUGACAUUGCGGGAUUUUCUGCAUCUACAUCCACGAGGAUGUAGAAUACGACUCAAAAUACAGUACCAAGACGUUACAUUCUCAUCUUCCUUCUGCGAGGUGAUACAUUAGGUAUCGAUCAUUGAGGUCGAGAUUCAUCUCUUGGACACAUCUCGUCUUCGUUGGCGCUGAAUGGACGGAAAAAUAAUGUGCAGGCAGAUGCGAAGAGGCAAAGAAGAUAGAUAGAGAAGACCGAGACCGAGGAGAUGUCGUCGGAGAGAUCUAUAAAAACCCCUUCAGUCCCCGCUUGGAGUCACCUCGAUCAUCAAGCACACCAAUAGUACAGUGAUAUCUGCAAUACAAUCAUCAACAACAAGAUCACUACUUACUCUACAUUACACUUGAUAUCAUUAUGGCUCCCAUUAUGGAAUCACUCCCAAUCCUCCAAGAGAAGUCCAUAGCGACUGUGACUGAGUAUUCGGUUCCAAGUUCGCCAGAUGGCGCUGUUACACCUUACGAUGGUAAAACUCAUGUUUUCAACAUUGAUAUGCCUGCCUACUCAGACAAAGUCAUGUUGACAUUCAACAAUGCGGUCAAGCAAACGACAGGCUUUGAAAGCGGCGCAACAAAGUUGAAGAACAUGCUCAGGGACUCCAAUGAGUUGAUCGUUUGCCCUGGUGUUUACGAUGGUAUCUCUGCACGAGUUGCCCUGCAAGUCGGCUUCUCAGCCCUUUACAUGACUGGAGCAGGUACCACGGCCUCCCGCUUGGGCAUGGCAGAUCUUGGCAUAGCCCAAUUGGCUGACAUGAAGGAGCAUGCCGAGAUGAUUGCAAAUCUUGAUCCUUAUGGCCCACCUUUGAUUGCCGACAUGGACACAGGUUACGGUGGCCCUCUCAUCAUUGACAAAGCCGUCAAGUCGUAUAUCAGAGCCGGUGUUGCUGGAUUCCACAUUGAGGACCAAAUCCAAAACAAGCGUUGUGGACAUCUCCAAGGCAAAAAGGUUGUUCCAGCAGAAGAGUUCUACAUGAGAAUUCGUGCAGCCAAAGCCGCCAAAGAGGCCAUGAACUCCGAUAUUGUGUUGAUCGCACGCACAGAUGCACUACAACAACUUGGCUACGACGAGUGCGUCAAGAGGUUGAAGGUCGCUCGGGAUAUGGGUGCUGAUGUUGGUUUACUCGAGGGUUACACUUCGAAGGAGAUGGCUGCAAAGACUGUGAAGGAGUUCGCCCCAUGGCCAAUACUCUUGAACAUGGUUGAGAAUGGCAGCACCCCAAUCAUCACCACCAAGGAAGCACAAGAGAUGGGAUUCCGUAUCAUGAUCUUCUCUUUUGCUGCUCUCGCUCCAGCAUAUUUGGCAAUCCAAGAGACUUUCUUGCGAUUGAAGAGAGAUGGUGUCGUAGGAACUCCAAAGAACCUGACGCCCAGGGCUCUGUUCGAUGUUUGUGGUCUGAAGGAUAGUAUUGUGGUUGAUACUGCGGCUGGUGGUGGAGCUUUCGCGGAUGGUGUUUGAGUAGAUGUAGUAUCUUGUCCAUAUUCCCCAGUUUGUUUAGUUUCCUUAUGUUCUACUCUAGUACCUGAUCGGUACUAGAUAUGGUGCAAGUAUAUUAUAGGGGUUUCGUCAAAUCGUCAAAGUAGAUCUUGUUAUAUACACAAUAUAUCUUACUGUUUCUUCUUCUUCAUGAA